AUGUCUUUACAGAAUACAUUUCCAUCCCCACAGGAUGAUCCAUUUGAACAGGCUGUUAAAGCACAGGCAAAUGACAAUCUCAAUGACAUUUCAUCUCAACCACAUGUUCCACGUUGGCAACACAUAAAGACCUCUGAGGAAAUAGUUGACAGUAAAAAUACACUAAGAAUUCUAGAGUCAAAGUUGAAUAGCAUACGAUCGGGUACUAGGAAACCUUUAGCCAACCCAGCAAACUCAUCUCUACAUUAUGAAUCGGAAGAUGAAUCAGACAAAGACCAAGACCAAGACCAAGAUCAGGACUACUAUUGCAGUCGAGAACCAGAACUUGAUUCUCAAGCCGAGGCAGAAGGAGUUCAUUUAUUGUGGAAGUCCCAAUAUGUUCAGUCUGAACAAAUCAAUCGAGGAGGCUCAUCCGCAUUACCAAAUCAGGAAUUUCACGAACAAGAACAAUUGUUGUGGUCCAGGGCUUGGCAGAAACGUAAAUCAGAGCAGGAAUACAUGCCUUGGAUUGAUCGUAUUUUAGGAUGUUUCAAUUGUUGCAAAUAA